AACCCGUCCCGCCGCCCGCCACAGCCUGCGGGAGGGACGCUCGGCGGCCGCGACGGGGGGCGCUGGCGGCGGCGGACGCUGCAGCGGCGGCGGGGCUGGCGCCGCGGCGGCUCCCGGGCCGGGACGGGCCUGGGCACCGGGCGGAGCUCCGCGGCCGGGCGGCAGCGGCGCGGAGUGGGCACGGCGCCUGCAGCCGGGCCCCGGCCCCGGGGGCGCCGCCUCCGCCCGCGGCUUCUGCACGGCCAGCCUGCCGCUCUUCCUGCUAUGAUGCCUGGGCAGAUCCCCGACCCUUCUGUGACCGCAGGCUCUCUGCCAGGGCUCGGCCCUCUCACCGGACUCCCCAGCUCGGCGCUGACUGCGGAGGAGCUGAAGUACGCCGACAUCCGCAACAUCGGGGCCAUGAUCGCGCCCUUGCACUUCCUGGAGGUGAAACUGGGCAAGCGGCCCCAACCGGUAAAAAGUGAGCUAGACGAGGAAGAGGAGCGGAGGAAAAGGCGCCGGGAGAAGAACAAAGUCGCAGCUGCUCGGUGCCGGAACAAGAAGAAGGAGCGCACGGAGUUUCUGCAGCGGGAGUCCGAGCGGCUGGAGCUCAUGAACGCGGAACUGAAGACCCAGAUCGAGGAGCUGAAGCAGGAGCGGCAGCAGCUCAUCCUCAUGCUGAACCGCCACCGCCCCACCUGCAUCGUCAGGACCGACAGCGUCAAGACGCCCGAGUCCGAAGGCAACCCGCUGCUGGAGCAGCUGGAGAAGAAGUGACCAUGGGCCCGGACGAGGAGGAGGAGGACGAGGAGGAGGAGGAGGAGAGGUGGAGGAGGAGGAGGGGGCUCCCAGGGGCCUUUCCUUGGUGCAUGAAAAACUCUACACUGAGGCUCAGCACUGCCGGCCUCGGGCGGGCUCUGUCGUGAAACUCAGAUCAGCCACACGAGGGGAAGAGCGGGCUGAAGAAACCCAGAGGGACCAAGCGCUGAGACCAAAGUUGACCUGCGGGUAGGGCGGGCCUGCCUGGGGUCCGGCUGGAAGGAGGCAGGACUGAGGCACCUGGAGCAGAGAGAUGCCCGACCGGCAGCCUCGGGCAGGUCUCCAGCUUCUCCACCAAUGCAGCCCACCCGAGGGACCCCCGAGCAGCCAGGAAAAGCCACGAGUCGUAACCAAAAUGGAGCUGAGGGUGGGACUCAGCAUGAACCUGCAGUCGCCUGCCCCCAGCCCUCCCCGACCCUGACGCAGAGAUGGAGAGGGGCCGGCUGCGGGCCGAGGCCCCUGCCCGGGAGGUGGCAGCCGGGCGCGCCCUCGCCGGCCUGCUGGAGCUUGCCGUGGGCACUGAGGCGCGGGCGCCCUUCCAAAGCACACACUCACUGAAUGUUUACAGACUGGCUGUUCUGGCAGGGCUUUCCACUGCACAUGGUUUUUAUACUUCCCUUUUUUUUUUUUUUUAAUAUUUUUUACAAAAAAAAAGAUUUUAUACAAGCAAUAUAUAUAUGGAUUUCUAUAAUCACUCGAUGUGAUACAGUAUAAAUAUGCUAUGGGUUGUUUGUUAUGGACAGAUAUCCACCAAUUAUGGCUGUUGUGUGUAACUCCUAAGUACUGUAGUCUCUGGGUGUCGGGGGUGGCCGGGGCGGGCUGGGGUCCAUUUCCCUCCUUGUAAACCCUUCCUAGUGCGCAGUCCUGUAUUGCUCAGUAAACAUUGCUCUUACUUAC